AUGAAGGCGCUGUUGUUUUUAUUUUGUGGCCUAUUUGUUUCCUCUGAAGCUCUACCUGUUGUGAUUGAAGCGAAUGCCUUGGAGGGAGGUGCAAGUACUCAAUAUAAAACGGAAGACAAUCACGGAAAUUAUGCAUUUGGUUACUCCGAGGGCCACACAAGCGGAGGAAGUUUUCGAAAAGAAGUUGGCGAUUCUCUAGGAAACAAAGUUGGUUCCUACGGACUCCACAACGCUGACGGAAGGACAAGAGUGGUCAACUAUGUGGCCGACAGUGCUGGAUUCAGGGCAGAUGUUCAUACAAACGAACCGGGGGUUGACGGGAGUCAGGACAGCGCCCACACAGCCAUCAACAAGCCAGCCAUCGCAGCUGUGGUUGCUCCAGCUCCAGCAGUUCUCGCGAAGACAGUAGUUGCUGCUCCAGCAUUUGCGCACCAUGUUCCCGUUUUUCAUCCCACACUGUUCCAUGCUCCCCUCACUUUAUUUGCACACGGAGGCCACAUUUUGCUGUAGAGUUCUUGAAAGUUAGGAGGAGGAGAAAAUAGAACAAAAUCAUGGAAUUUAUUCUGAAUUAAGUAUUUGACAGAAAUGUCUUAAAGCAAUGCAUAUAACAAUCAUUCAGUUUUUGAUAGAGUCUGAAACACAAAAAUCUUGAGAAUUUUUUUUUUAUUAUUUAGAAACUUUAUUAAAAUAGUUUCUUUCGAACGAUGUAAUUUGGAAUGAUAUUACAUAAAUAUAAUAUCGUUUUUUCCCACAUUAAACUUCAACUGUUUCUUUCUUUUAAAAUCAAGUUUAAAAGAAUAUAGCUGAAAAACGAUAAAGAUAAUUACUUGAAAUUUGAAAUGCGUAAAUAUUAAAUAUUUUAUUUUUCCGUAUGGGCAAAUUGUAGAAAAAUAGGUAGUUUACGAUUUAAACCUACUUUCAAAAAUAAAUAAAUAAAAACAAACACUUAGAUUUUAAAAGAAAAAGAAAUCUUACAAUGAAAACUUUUGAUGUUGAAUUUAACGAUAGUUUUUAUUGAAAACAAAAACAAUUUAUUCUAUUGUUUAUAUAUAUACUACAUCAUACUACAUAUAUGCUACAUAUUGUUGAUAUGUACUACAACAAUUUAUUGUUGGUCUAUAAUACCAAUUUUUUUAAAUCCUUAAAAAAAUUGGUAUUAAAACUUAUAUUUAGUUACAUAAAAAAUCGGGAACAUCGAUUUACGAUUUUUGUUUGGAAUUUCUCUAUUUUUUAAAAAAUUUUUUUUGAAGAUUGUUAUGAAUUUCAUGGUGUUGUAUAUUAAUAUAAAAACUGAAAACUGAAGUUCAGAACAAAGUAGUAACGUUAUUUGUUCAAAAAUUGUCAAUUUAAAAUAAAAA